GCUUCCUUCAUGGUGUCACCAACCUGGAAGUUUCAGUUUCAGACGUCAUCUGCACGCCUUACCAGGCUUGCUUAAGCGCAACCAUUUCUGUUUCAUCCACUUGAUAGCACGAUUUCACCAUCACCAUAACAGCAUGGCUGAUCGACGAGGCGGGCAUUUCCGUCGAGGUGGCGACAGAUCAUACAAUGGCGAUAGAGACAGACCGCGCGAUCGGGAUUGGGGUGGCAGAGACCGUGACGACGAUAGAGACCGGCACCGCGACCGCGCACGCGACCACGGCAGGGACAGAGAUAGGGAUAGGGACAGGGAUCACAGGCGAUACCGCUCGCGUUCCAGAGAUAGAGGAGAUCGCCGGCGUUCUCGGUCUCCCGGUCGCGAGAGGAUCCACGAUCGGCGUGACAACGAGAGAGACAGAGGUCACCGGAGACGAGACGAAGGUCGAGCUGAGCCUCAGAGGGAGCGUGGGGAUAGGAGCGUGAGAGGGGAAUGGGAGCGGCCUGAACGAGACAAGCCUAGCCGCGACAAGGACCGACUUCGAGACGGCGCCACAGAUUCACCCCGUCGCUCAGCCAGUCCUCAGGCGGCCUUUGAAAGGGAGACGGAGGAGUAUGCACAACUCCCUACUCGCUCAAAACCUGCCAGUGCCAGCGGUUCCACUCCAACAGCGCCCUUGUCGUUCAAGGUUAAGAGCCGGGACGGUAGCCAUGGACCAGAACCGCGAAACCAGUCGACUUCGACACAGGAAAACAGCCAGGAGCAGCAAGGGUACCAUGGCGAUGGGGACCGACACCAACCCAAGAAUCGGUUUGAUGCCGAUGCUAUGGAUGAGGACGAGGACGAGGAGGUUGUGGUCGAGGAGGACGGCUUGGAUGAUAUGGCGGCUAUGAUGGGCUUUGGCGGUUUCGGCACGACAAAGGGGAAGAAGGUACUGGGCAACAACGUGGGCGGGGCGAGGAAGGAGAAGAAGACCGAGUACCGGCAAUACAUGAACCGCGUGGGUGGGUUCAACAGGCCGCUUAGUCCGACGAGGUAGACGGGGAUAUGUCACAGCUGGGACGUGGAAGGUUUGGCGUAUUGUUGGCAUUGAUACCCAGGUUAUGUGAAUAAACGACAGAACUCGCUAAAGGGGACAACAUGGCUGCGUGGUGUUUCAGAGGCCAUAGAGAGUACUACUGUAGUGGCCACAUCAAAGUCAUUUGGAGUUUUUGGCUGCAUGGUUCAAGCCACCAUGGCACAUAGAACUGAGCCGCACUGUUCAGAUAAAAAAGUAC